GGCAACAUUGUGUUCAGCUAUGCUCCAGAACAUUUAAGCCUGGCCGCCAUCAUGUCGGUCAUCAUGACCAAAGCUAAUCCAGGGCUGACCUGUCAGCUGCAGGCAGCAAGCCACUCCCAGCGCAGGACGCAACUGGACUCGGCGGACCUGGUGGUCCUGUUCAUUUCGGACCUGUUCAUCUCCUCACAACACCUGGUAGAAGAGCUCCACACCGUGCUGUGUCGACAAAGGACUACCAAGGACAGGACCAUCCUUUACUUGAUGCAGGUGAAGAUGAAGCACAAACCAAAGAAGGAAAAGUCAUGAUUUCAUAAGUCAUGAUUUCAAAAGAGGCAACAGCAAGCACUACAUGAAUUUUUUCCAUAAAUAUAUUUCCCACCUUACCACCAUCAAGUCAUUAUUUCCCACCUUACCACCAUAAAGUCCUUAUUUUCCACCUUACCACCAUAAAGUCAUUAUUUCCCACCUUACCACCAUAAAGUCAUUAUUUUACAUCUCACAACCUGGGAUACAACCAUAAAUUCAGUUUAUCCCGUCUUACAACCAUAUAUUCAGUUUAUCCCGUCUCACAACCAUAAAUUCAAUAUUUCCCACCUUAGCACUAUAAGUAAUAAUUUCCCAUCUUACAACCAUAAAAUCAGUUUAUCCCAUCUUAUCACCAUAAAGUCAUUAUUUUACAUCUCUCAACCAUAAAUUCAUUAUAUCCAAUCUUACAACCAUAAAUUCAUUUUUUCUAUUUACAACCAUAAAAUCAUUUUUUCAAUUUACAACCAUAAAUUCAUUAUUUCCCAUCUUACAAGCGAAAAUACACUGUUUCUUGACUUGUUGCCAUAAUUUCAGUGUGACCACAAUGCAGCCGCUCCAUUUUACUUCCACCUUCUUCCCUUCUCCAUAAGCCUUGAUGACAAUAUAUGGAGGAGGCUGGAGCGGGCAAGCAGCAACAAAAAUCCAAGAUAUGACGUAGACAUUGCUGGCAUGGCCGGGACGUACCGCUGCACUGCGGCACAGAAUCUAGCGCUGACCGCGGCAGCUCAUGAUGCUGCAUACGUUCUCUCUCAAGCGUGAGUUAUCCAUAAAGUACAUUUACAAUUGUCUCAGAUUGUCAUUUUAAAAUCAUAAAGUAUGUUUACGAUGCUCUCAGAUUGUCAUUUUAAAAUCAUAAAGUACAUUUCAGUAGCUCUAAGAUUGUCAUUUUAAUAUCUUAUAUGGUCCAUGCUAAAUUGCUAUUGGUUUUUUAAAGUUUGUAAAAUUUAAUAAUUUGUUAUUUACAACACAGCACCAGUUUAAAUACAUUUCUUUUAUUUUGGUCACAACUAAUUUUUUUACAUGGUAUGUAGCAUUAUUUUGUGCAUCAAUCGUGUAUGCUUCGUGACUGUCUGUCCACAAUGGUCUGGAUGAAUGCUUCGUGACUGUCUGUCCACAAUGGUCUGGAUGAAUGCUUCGUGACUGUCUGUCCACAAUAGUCUGGAUGAAUGCUUCGUGACUGUCUGUCCACAUUGGUCUGGAUUCAUCGAGGAACCCCCCGGGGAUUAAUUUCGACUUUGAAAUAAAAAUUGAGCUAUCAUGGCCAAUAAUUAAAAGAAAAUGCUUAAUAUUUUCCCAUGAUAGUGAAAUGUAACUUAUGGAUGGAUACAUUAUUUUCAGGGGCUCAGGGUCAUCAGUUAGAUGCAGCCUUGAUAACAUUGCUUGCCUGGAGAGUGACCUGGAGGGAGCUCAGGAUGACCUUGUCAGUGCAAAAGAUGUGAGCAGAUUUUCUUGUCCUUUUCUUUUAGCUGUGACCUUGAGAAAAUUGCUUAUGUUCUUAACUACUUAACCCUUGCUUAUGUUUCCCACUGCAUCCAUGGACAACUUGCAUGAUGUUUUUAAAUUUCUGGUUUUGUUUUUAAUUUCAAUGUUAAAAGAAUUAAUUUGUACAUCAUUGUGUGCUCUACAGGUUAAUGAACAAAAAAAUAAUUAUUUAAAAAAAAAAAAAAAAAAAAAAAAAAAAAAAAAAUUAAAAAAAAAAAAAAAAAAAAAAAAAAAAAAAAAAAAAAAAAAAAUAAAAAAAAAAAAAAAAAAAAAAAAAAAAAAAAAACUUAAAUAAUAAAAAAAAACCGCUAUAACAGAUGAUACCAUAUAGACUUUCUGUUGGAUUUCAGCUAUGUUUAAUCAAUCCUGACAUAUUAAAACAAAUAUCUAAAACCAUAGAAACGAUAUUAAAUUAUAAAAAAAUAAUUUCAAAUUUUAAAUUUAAAAAAAUGAAUCCAGAUGCUAUUGUGAUGCAUAAAAGAAAUUUACUUUUUGAAUAGUUUGCUGUUUUGAUGAACACCUUACAUAUUUCAAAUUCCCCCACCCCCAUCUCUUUCUGCAUCACUCUACAACUGUUGAUCAUUUAUAGUACUGAUAUAAUUCUAUUUGUUUUCCAAUCCAGCACAUUGUAAUGUUGACAUCUUUUGGUCACAUGAUGAGCAGGCAGCACACUAUCAGCCCCUCACUGAAGCCAGUCAUCAAGAGCAGCAGUCCUGCAGGCAGUGAUGUCAAUCUGUUUCUGACAGACAGUAAUGAUGAUGUUUCCUCCCUUCCCAGUGAAGAUGUCUCUUCGAAUAUCUCAAACAACGUAGAAAUGAGCAUGUCCACAAUCAUCCUAACAAAUGAGCCAAGCGAAAUAGGAAGCGCCUCAGAGAAUAAAGCUAUCAACCAGGACCAGGCCAGCACACUGGGGGAAAAGCAGCCGAGUCGGCUGGAUUUAAACUCACACAGCACAGUUGAUCAGAUAAAUACUGGGGGUAGACUUCCAGAGACAACGUCAGGAGCCCCAUCCACUAAGGGACUCCAAGUGCAACAACAGGAACAGCCAACAAAACGUAAGCAGGUUUCAGGCACUUGUUGUGUGCUGUAGUUGCAAAAUGUUAUAGGAAAUGUACAGCACAAGGUGUGU